CUCUCCACUUUAAUUGUAGAGCAAAACACACACACACACACACACACACACACACAAAUCUUUAUUUAUUUAUUUAUUUAUUUUUACGAAAAUGGUGCAGCUCUGCUCCCCAGUAGGUUAUAUCUCAAGAGUGUAUAUUUUAGAGUGCUUUCAAAAUGUUGCAAAUAUGUGCAACAUGCAGCUGGUAUCAGUCACUGAGGGGUUUAUAGGAACAAAUUUUUUAAGUAGGCUAGGCUAGUCUAAUUAAUCUUUCCUUGCUUGUUAGUGGGGCACAUACACAGCUAAAUCCCCUGUGUUGAAUUAACUCUGUGUUAGAUUAAUACCUGCGGUGUCAACCCCCCCCCCCCCCACAUUUUUAUCAUUCCUGAGUCCUAUAAUAUGCAAUAACAUAUUCCUAGACUAAUUAAUGGCCGGAAGAGGGUUAUACAGUACUGUCAGCAUUAAUAUAGACUGUAAUGUUGCAGAGUCGUGUGCAAUUUCACACUUAUCAUUUGUUGAAUUUGUUUGUGUGUUUAAUCAAGUAAAACGUGACAGAUGUUUUUACGCUCCUCUGUUUGUUAAUCACUUUCUGUUUCCCCUCAGCUGCCCCUUCGCCGAUGGGCUCCGAAUCAGACUGCAUCAUCUAAAUGAAGUUCCUCAGCCAUGCAAUGUUCCUGGAAGGCUGUGAUUCUGCUCGGCCUGGCGUCCAUCGCCAUCCAGUACACAGCGAUAAGGACGUUCACGUCCGAGCCCUUUCAGAUCUGCCCCGUGCCGAGCUCGGUAAACUGCAGCCUGGCUCAGGAACCGGAGACGUUCGACCGCUUCUGCGAUGACUUCCCUUAUUUCCCAUACAACGCCUCCAGAGCCAAGACUCACAUUCUCAUUCUGGCCACAACUCGCAGCGGCUCGUCUUUCGCCGGCCAGCUCUUCAACCAGCAUACGGACGUGUUCUAUUUAUUCGAGCCGCUCUAUCACGUACAGAAUGCCCUGCUUCCUCACCUCACUCACAGCAGGUACACUUCAGAUCGCAGGGUUAUGCUUGGAGCAAGCCGUGACCUUUUGCGCAGCUUAUACCACUGCGACCUGUAUUUCUUGGAGAGCUACAUCAAACCUCUGCCUGCUAAUCACACCACAGAUAAGCUUUUCCGGCGAGGAGCGAGUCGGGCACUUUGCUCGCCACCUGCCUGCGAUGCUUUCAACCUCAAUGAGGUGAAUAUAGAUGAGGGCGAGUGCGUGAGGAAGUGCACCCUCCUCAACCUGACCCUGGCGGCCGAGUCUUGCCGCGAAAGGCGACAUGUGGCGAUCAAGACGGUGCGAAUCCCAGAAGUCGGAGAUCUCCGCGCUCUAGUGGAGGAUCCACGGCUCAACCUGAAGGUUGUCCAGCUGGUUAGGGACCCACGAGGCAUCUUGGCAUCAAGGAUCGAGACUUUUAGAGAUACGUAUCGCCUCUGGAGGAUCUGGAGGGCCACAGGGCGCAAACCAUACAACCUCGACCUGAGCCAGAUCAUGACGGUAUGUGAUGACGUCUUGCGUUCCAUUAACACAGCCUCUGAGCGUCCGGCAUGGCUUCGUGGCCGCUACAUGUUGGUGCGCUACGAGGAUUUAGCGCGCCGGCCCCUCCAAAAGACCCGUGAGAUCUACGACUUCCUUGGAUUGACCAUGGAGAAAGGGGUUGAGGAGUGGAUUCGAAACAACACCAGAGGAAGCAACGAAGGUUUGGCAAAGCAUAAAUACAGUACUCUGAGGGACUCUGCUGCCAACGCUGAGAGCUGGAGGCUCAAGCUCUCGCACGACAUCGUCGAUUACACACAGACGGUAUGUCAGCAGGUUUUAGAGGAGCUAGGCUACAGAGCUGUGAACUCGCCCGAGGAGCUCAAGAACUUGUCCCUUUCACUGAUUGAGGACAAGACCUUUGCACCCUUUUUGUAG